UCAAGCGUAGAGGGUAGAAAGAAUAUUGUGUGACAGGGUUUUGUUACCAGGAAGUGGGUUGAGUUAUUUAUAUUUCAACACUCGUCCUCUACCCAGGGGAGGACCAGUGUUUGUAACCUGGAACAUUGUCUUAUUCUAGAUGUGUUGCAGUUAACACAGCCACUGUAAGAAAAGAGUGUGGGGAACAACUGAAGAUCUAUGGCAGAAAUUCUAAAACAUAUAGCUAUCAUUGGAUGCGUUGAGAGUGACCCUGAGAGGGUACUGUCUUUGUUGGAGUGUUGUAAUGAAGAUCCAUGAGAAGAUUUUAACCCAUUACCUAUCCUGCACCUCACCUGUUGAUAAAGAAGGAUAUCUCUACAAAAAGAAAGAGAGGACCUCAUCCUACCAGAGGCGGUGGUUUGUCCUGAAGGCCAACCUGCUCUUCUACCAGGAGCGUCCGGCAGAUCGCCACCUGCUCGGGGUUAUUGUCCUAGAGGGCUGUGCCAUCCAGCACUGUGAGUCCGAGGGAGGGCUCUUUGCAUUCUCUGUGGUAUUCAGAGGGUCAGGGCUGAAAACCUACAGGCUUGCUGCUGAAAACCAACUGGGGCAGGAGUGUUGGGUCAAAGCCCUGCUCACAGCCAGCCACUGCUACCUCGCACUACUGGUCAGAGACCUAGGGAAGCAAUAUGAAGCAGAGGCUAAACGUCAAGCAGGCCCUGGUGAGUCCAGUCAACACUCCUCUGUGACUGGUCAGAGCUCAGAAGGCCUUACCCAAUCCAUGGUUUCCCUGAACUCAUGCUCCUCCUCCUUCUUCAUGUCUGUACCAGUGAGGACAGAAGGAGGAAACCACAGAGGCAGUCAUGUUUUACAAGCCCCUCCCAUGCCCAGCAAAGUGACCAGUAAGAGAUCCCCUAAGCUCUGGCCCAAGAGAAACGCACAUGUCACACCCAUAAAUGGACCAGUUUCAGCAUAUGGGGAAUGGCCACAAGUGGACAUUGAUCCUUUAGAGGAUUUCACCAAACUACAUGAAUAUUAUGGAGAGGAGGUGAAGCAGCUUAGAGCUGAGUGGCUGAAGAGGAGACAGGAGGGAGAAAAUUAUCUUGAGAAAGAUCUCAUUGAUCUGAGUGAACACUGACCCACAGAGAACAGACAGACUGUUUAUUUUACUGGGGACUGUUUAUUUACAGAUUUGAGUGUGAAUGUCAGUACUCUGAAAUUAGAAAGUUUCUCUUCAAUUUGAGGAACUAGUGCAUUUAAGAGGAACUGGUCACCUUUGGGUUUCACAACAUAUUUAGAACAUGAAUAGUCAUAUAAAGUUGAUCAUGAGUCUUUCAAUCAAUACACUAUACUGGCUUGUCUGUUAAAUAAUAAAAAAAACUGGUAAUUGUGA